ACGACGACGACGAGUAAGUGUCAGUUCUCGAUACCGACAUGACACUUCGUCACAGUGGGGGUUCGCAGUGAGGAAAGGAUUAUCUCGAACACCGGCAGACCGGUGAGGUCCUUUCAGUGAGGCUCCAGAGGACUCGUCCAAACUCCAUCUGGCGACACGAUAGCAAUUCGAUCGACGCGCGGACUCAAGACGGACUGCACCGACGGCAGCUGAUAGCAGCAGCAGCAGAAGCUGAACAGUUGAUCAGAAGAAGACGAGACGAUCGAUCGUCAACGGUUACGGCUCGUAGUCAGAGACUGGUUCAUGCUGGUAUCAGUCGAGAGGCUGUGCUAUCCGCGAGUAUUGUGUUUUGGUGUCUCCUGUGCCCGUAGUUCCUGAAGAACAAAGCCCCCAAAAAAACCUCACCAUCAAAUGCAACGAGUGUUGUCGUGGAAAGGUGUGUCCGUGUCGUGAAAAACGCAGUGAGAGCUCAAUAGCGUGGAAUCGAAAUCUGUUAUCCAUCCACCAGUGUCCGAUUGUGUGGCCUGCAACUGUGACGUUCGAUUGUUGGUUUCUAAACACUGCACUUGCUUGCUCUCUCUCGCUACGCUGUGAAAACCUUGCCCUAUUGAGUGGCAGCCCCUUGGCAGUAGCCCCUCAGCAAACACCUCAACUCGCGGCCAGUGACAGCUAUACGUCCCGUCCAGUCUUGGUCCCAAGCCUUGGCCCGCCGGUGAAUCUAUUGAUUGUUAAUACGGUUUGCUGGAGCUGGAAAGAAGCAGCAGCAGCAGAACGACACGAAAGAAGCAAAAGAAGGAAGGGAGGGAGAAAUAAAAAAAAAACUCCACACCGUAGUGGCCUCCCGGAUUAAUUAGUGCCGCGUACUUGUGCAAUCGAUGUGCAGAACGACCGACACGGUGGCGGCAUCGUCACGAUGACGAUGUUGUUGAUGUUGCAGAUGCUGGUGGUGGUGCUUGAGGUGGUGCAACAAAACCUCGUUGCAGUUCGACCGAUGAUGCAAUCGAACUGGUAGCCAGCCCCGUGCCGCCGGUCCUUCUCAAAGGCAGUGAAAAGUCUCAAGAUUCGUGGCUCAAGUGACUCCAAGUGACUUGAAAGUGUAGAGAACCGGCCAGCGACGACGCCGGUGCUGAUUGUGCUACUCGCAGGAUUCUUAGCAGUUUGUUGUGUGUUACGGGGUGAAUUCGUGCGUUGUGUGGUCUCUGGUGGCCAACGUCAAGCGGUUGUGCUUUGAUAGUUGCACCGGGGUAGAUCUGUGCCGAUUCGAUUGUAUCUUCCAUUCAACAUUCAUCUCAAGCAGCGUCAAGCUAAGAUAGCGUGAGUGGUGUGCGGUAGUGGUUCGAGGGUCCAACGUUCCCAAGGUUUAGAGCCAAGGGUGUACCAGUGGUGGUGUACCCAGUGGCAGUGUUGACUGGCAGUGUGCUCGCAAAAGUGGGUGGUUUUCGGUGCGUAUCGAGCGUUUCCAGAGCGCAAUGGCAGUGUCCUGCCCGGAAGUUAUGUACGGUGCAUACUAUCCUUAUUUGUACGGCCGUGCCGGACCAAGUCGCCCAUUUUAUCAGUAUGAAAGGUUUAACCAGGAUCUCUACUCAUCGUCCGGAGUGCCGCUGGCCGCCUCAUCCAGCACGUCGGCCGGCUCACACUCACCAUGCAGUCCGCUGCUACCGCCGUCGCUACCGUCGAACAUGGCAGCCGCCGCCCAGUCGUCGUCGACGCUCAGCUCCUCGGUGCUGAAUGCGUCGGCGCUCAACGCAUCGGCCCUCAACGCUUCCGCCCUCAACUCCUCGGUGCUCAACUCCUCGGCGACGAUCGGUUCCGUCAACCAGACCGCCAUACCGACCAUCCCGCUAGGUGCGCUCCAGAGGCACAUUACCAAAGAGGAAGACAUCAGCACGGUCCGGAGUGACACGGAAGGAACCAUAUCCGGUGCGCACAACGACAGCUCCUGCUCUUCCGGUCCCGAUUCCCCGCACAACCUCAACCUACGGACGGAUGCGGGUGGGUUGGCGGCGGUUGCGGCCGCUGCAGCCGCUGUGUCCGGUGGUGGAAGCGGUGAAUCGUCCGGUGGUGGUGGUGGCGGCGGAGGUGGAGGUGGAGGCGGCAGUGGCGCAGUAGCUAGUGGCGGUGCCGGGAGUAGCAGCGGAAUGGCGAUGGCCGGCGGAAGUGGUACCGGUCGGGCCCAGUACCUAUCGGCAACGUGCGUCGUCUUCACCAACUACUCCGGCGAUGCGGCCAGCUCGGUCGAUGAGCACUUCUCUAGGGCGUUAAAUUUUAGCGAUAAAAACAAUAAAGGUUACAGCAGUUCGAUGACGAGUAGAAACUUUCCUCCCUCGUUCUGGAACAGCAAUUAUGUGCAUCCGACACCCGCCCCAACGCAUCACCAUCAGCAGGUUUCCGACCUGUACUCCACCGAUUCGGGUUACUCGGCGGAUCCUUGGCAUGCGGCCCAUUACGGUUCGUAUGCACACGCGGCCCAUGCGCAUGCAGCACACGCUCACGCGUACCACCACAACAUGGCACAGUAUGGCAGCUUACUGAGGUUACCGCAGCAGUACGGACACACGUCAAGCAGUCACCAUAGGUUACACCACGACCAGCAGACGGCGCACGCGUUAGAGAGUGCCGCCGCUUACACGAGCUAUCCGACGAUGGCAGGCCUGGAGGCACAGGUACAGGAAUCGUCCAAGGAUCUGUACUGGUUCUAGAUAGUCAAAAUGGAGCUUUUGUGGAGAGAGGGUGGUACCGGAGAGGCAGCUGCAACCGAUACUGCAAAACCAACAACGAGCUUGGCGCUCGGCGAUAGUGCGAUUGACGAUAUUAAUAGCACAGAACAACAGAAACAAAUCAAAGAUGCACCCCUACAUGUAUAAGCAAAUGGUUGAGUUAUCGCGGUACAAAACGAAAAAAAAGAACGAGGAACAGCGGAAGGAUACUAGCUUAAUCCAGCGGCCAGGCCAGCCAAGGAGAUGCAAAAGGUUCGUUAAUGAUACCAGGUACCAGCAGAACGGUUACAUCCUUCGGUCGAUCGACAUACUGAAUGUCUAGGGAAUUGCUCGUAAAAGCGAGUAAAGGAUACUUAUCUGGUGAAGCCCCGAGCCCGAUAACGUGAUGCUCUCUUCUGUGCAUAGUAGAUUAAU